CCCCCCUUCAAUCCCCUAUAUGCUGAUUAUAUCGUGUAUGAGCAGCUAUGCCAUGAGUUCAUGAAUUGUCCCCGGGCGAGGGCUGCGUUCCUGCAUGGAGGACUCAUAUGGUGGUUGGCCUUGCACAGCCUUGGUUUCAAUCACCUUCCAUCUGUCCUCAACGGUAUUUCAACUGAAGCCAUUCCGUUUGGCAAGCUAUUGAUUGGCAAUGGUGGUCAGACUUACUAUGACAAUGGGUUAUCGGAGGAGGAAAUUGAUUUCAUGUAUGGAACGUACUGCAUAGACCACCGUGACAGUCCGGAGAUAGUUUCAUGGUGGCCUCAGCCCAAUGCUUGGAAUGUGUCGGGCUUAAAUGUUGGUUUUUGGUCUGCUUGCUGUGAAGACUGGUUCCAAGGACGUCUUGGUAAUCUUCAAGAAGGGGUUUCUCGCAUGCGACAUUCGCUCAUUAAGGACGCCAAUGGUCCAAUGACCUCCACACAAUGGAAGCGCUCCCUUAAAUUUCAACCUGCUACUAACAAGAUCAUGUGCAACAUUUCGGCAGCAAGCUAUGAUUUCAUGACAAGAGCAUCAAGUAAGAGUUCCCUCACUCCCUUUCUCAUUCAUACUUACAAAUUUUGCGUAGUUUGGACUCAGACAUAG